AAACAAGAAAGUUAAAAUAUUUAUAGGAAAUGAAAAGGUGAGAAUUCUCUUUUUUCAUCUAUCGCCAAACGCAACUGAAAACCCUGUCGAUCGCAGGAGAGAGGGAAUCGGGAAAUAUGGGGAAGAAAAGGAAAUCAAUAGCUACGAGCCUCGAUGAGGUGGAUCGGACUAUGUACGCCUCUUUUUCCGGCGCCGCUAACUCCUUGUCUCAGCUUUAUACUCUGGCUAUGAAUCAGCAAAAACUCUCCUUCCAAGCUGGCAAACGCCAUGGCCUUGAAAAACUUUAUCAGUGGAUUUGUAGACAACAAGAGGGAGGAUCGAGAGUAACAACGAUGGAUAUUCUCAGUUACCUUCAGAAUGAACUAGACUACAGUGAAGAGCCAUUAAUGUCACCUAGAGCACCAAGCCAACAUCAGCAUCCCCAACAUACGAUGCAGUUCAUGAAUACCAAUUUCAUGGUCUCUUCAGACUCAUCUGGCCAAACUGCUGGGCAGGGAACACGCUCUGACAAUUGCGAUCAGCAGUCCAAGAAUUUAGUUUUCUCAAAUGCUCUAUCAAGUCCUGUUCGUCGGAGCCUCCAGCAUUAUCACAUCGCUCAAGAAGGAUCCAGGAAUAAUGAAGCUAGCUUUCUCCAGAACCAGACUAGGGAUUCUAAUCCUCUCAGCUCCAAUGACACCUUGAUGGACAUGCAUGCUGAUAGUCCAUCCCAUGAAUCUACUUACCGAUAAUGCUGUGUCCCCAACAAUUAAAAGUGUCCAGAACGGCUGUGUUGGUGCAUCACCAUGCUGUUGCCGAAGUAAAGAAAUCACAAAUAGAUGGGUUACAUCACACAAAAAUAAAGCAGAUGGCACGGGUGACCAGCCGAAAGCAUUUCAAGAAGAAUAGUGUAGUGUGUUGUGCUUGUGCUUGUGCUGGGUUUGUGUUUUGGUUGUAUUUGCUUUGGAGGUCUUAAAUUUCAGGGUAAAGCUUUUGUUCCAAUAAAAAUUCAGCUACUUUCAAGGAA